CCGCUCACGGCCCCCGGGGGUGGGGCUGUCUUCCCUCACAAGGGGCCUGCGGUCAACGCGGGUGCCUUCGAUGGACAGCCACCAGUCGGCACAGGAAAGGGGCAGAGGUAGUGGGCUUAGUGUGUGGGCAAGGGUCAACAGUUUUGGGAUUAAGCGGCUGCCGUUCCUCCAAAAGCGACUGAAGCGCUAGCAGAUUUCCCCCUCCGAGCCAGUGUAGUAAACACACCUCAGAAACGUGAGGUGCCGGUUGUCACGUGGUGAGUGCGCCGUCCAAUGAGGAGCCGGGGGCGGGGCCGAGGCCGCUGACGCGGCGGCGGCGGCGGCGGUAGAGUCACCCGGGCAGCCUCGGGACCGGUCACCGGCCCGCAGUCGUCCAGGGGCCUCGACCACCAUCUCCGUCCUCCAUCCCAGUCCUUUCUCUCGGGCCGAGAGACAGCGUCGCCGACAGGGGCUCAUUCCCCUCCGGUUCUCCUCGGUGACUCACCUCGGGCGGGCCGUUUUGUCCUCAGGGGCCGCCUCGGUCUGGGCGAGGUUUCCGUGACGAACCUCCUGGGGGCGUCCGUGCCGGCUCGGGCCGUCGUGGCGGCUCGAGCUCUUGGAACUUGCUCAGGCUCCGGAGGUCCGAGGCCCUCGAAGUUAUGCGGCGCCUCCAGAAGGUUGUGGCGGGCGCGGACUCCUAAAGGGCGUCACACCCGGACUCUGCCGGCUGGGCAACCUCCAUUCAUCUUUCCACUGCGCCUCCAGCGCCCCCGCCUUCUCCGGUCGCCUCCUCGGAGUCAUUUUUUCCUGUCCCCCAUCUGCCGCCCUUUCCUGACUCCCCGGGUGAGGCAGUUCUCUUGGAAGCGAAGGUGUUGGCUAUGAGCCGGAGCCUCCUUCCUUGAAUUUCUCUGUAGAGGAAUCGCCGCGCCCCCCGGCAUGGGAGUGAACGCCGUGCACUGGUUCCGAAAGGGGCUCCGGCUCCACGACAACCCCGCCCUGAAGGAGUGCAUUCAGGGCGCCGACACCAUCCGCUGCGUCUACAUCCUGGACCCCUGGUUUGCCGGCUCCUCCAAUGUGGGCAUCAACAGGUGGCGAUUUUUGCUUCAAUGUCUUGAGGAUCUUGAUGCCAAUCUACGAAAAUUAAACUCUCGUCUGUUUGUGAUUCGUGGACAACCAGCAGAUGUGUUUCCCAGGCUUUUCAAGGAAUGGAACAUUACUAAACUUUCAAUUGAGUAUGAUUCUGAGCCCUUUGGCAAGGAACGAGAUGCAGCUAUUAAGAAACUGGCAACUGAAGCUGGAGUAGAAGUCAUUGUAAGAAUUUCACAUACAUUAUAUGACCUAGACAAGAUCAUAGAACUCAAUGGUGGACAACCGCCUCUAACUUAUAAAAGAUUCCAGACUCUCAUCAGCAAAAUGGAACCACUAGAGAUACCAGUAGAGACAAUUACUUCAGAAGUGAUAGAAAAGUGCACAACUCCUCUGUCUGAUGACCAUGAUGAGAAAUAUGGAGUCCCUUCACUGGAGGAGCUAGGGUUUGAUACAGAUGGCUUAUCCUCUGCAGUGUGGCCAGGUGGAGAAACUGAAGCACUUACUCGUUUGGAAAGGCAUUUGGAAAGAAAAGCUUGGGUGGCAAACUUUGAAAGACCUCGAAUGAAUGCGAACUCUCUGCUUGCAAGUCCUACUGGACUUAGUCCUUAUCUCCGAUUUGGUUGUUUGUCAUGUCGACUGUUUUACUUCAAACUAACAGAUCUCUACAAAAAGGUAAAGAAGAAUAGUUCCCCUCCCCUUUCCCUUUAUGGGCAACUGCUAUGGCGUGAGUUUUUCUAUACAGCAGCAACAAAUAAUCCACGCUUUGAUAAAAUGGAAGGAAACCCUAUUUGUGUUCAGAUUCCUUGGGAUAAAAAUCCUGAGGCUUUAGCCAAAUGGGCAGAAGGCCGGACAGGCUUUCCAUGGAUUGAUGCCAUCAUGACACAGCUUCGUCAGGAGGGCUGGAUUCAUCAUCUAGCCAGGCAUGCAGUUGCUUGCUUCCUGACACGAGGGGACCUGUGGAUUAGUUGGGAAGAAGGGAUGAAGGUAUUUGAAGAAUUAUUGCUUGAUGCAGAUUGGAGCAUAAAUGCUGGAAGUUGGAUGUGGCUGUCUUGUAGUUCCUUUUUUCAACAGUUUUUUCACUGCUAUUGCCCUGUUGGUUUUGGUAGGAGAACAGAUCCUAAUGGAGACUACAUCAGGCGUUAUUUGCCUGUCCUACGAGGCUUCCCUGCAAAAUAUAUCUAUGAUCCCUGGAAUGCACCAGAAGGUAUCCAAAAGGUAGCCAAAUGUUUGAUAGGAGUUAAUUAUCCUAAACCAAUGGUGAACCAUGCUGAGGCAAGCCGUUUGAAUAUUGAAAGGAUGAAACAGAUCUAUCAGCAGCUUUCACGAUAUAGAGGACUAGGUCUUCUAGCAUCAGUACCUUCUAAUCCUAAUGGGAAUGGAGGCUUCAUGGGAUAUUCUGCAGAAAAUAUCCCAGGUUGUACCAGCAGUGGAAGUUGCUCUCAAGGGAGUGGUAUUUUACACUGUGCUCAUGGCGACAGUCAGCAGACUCACCUGUUGAAGCAAGGAAGAAGCUCCAUGAGCACUGGUAUCAGCGGUGGGAAACGUCCUAGUCAGGAAGAGGACACACAGAGUAUUGGUCCUAAAGUCCAGAGACAGAGCACUAAUUAGAUAGAAUGAGUCUGUUUGAGUCCUAGGACGGUGGAAAAGCUAGAGGACUGCAGCCAUGUUGUGGAAGCUGCUGAUGAGAUCCCAGCCCUGUAGGCUGUGUUCUUUCAGAAAGAUGCCAUCAACUCCAAAAUAUAGACCUGUCGUAGCAUGCUUCACCUACACAACUGAUAGACUGUCAAGCAAAGAAAAUACAAGAACCGUGGAAACGCUCUAUAAAUUUUCAGUUGACAUUAGGAAAAUUCGUAGAUUAAAAGGAUGGGUACUUUUAGAGGAUGAAACCUAUGUUGAAGAAAUUGUGAAUAUUUUACAAGAACUAGGUGCCGAUGAGACUGCUGUAGCCAGUAUUUUGGAACGCUGCCCGGAAGCCAUUGUUUGUAGUCCAACCACUGUUAACACCCAGAGAAAACUCUGGCAAUUGGUCUGCAAAAAUGAGGAAGAGUUAAUCAAGUUAAUAGAGCAGUUUCCAGAAUCUUUCUUUACCAUUGAAGACCAAGAGAACCAGAAGCUGAAUGUUCUAUUCUUUCAAGAGUUGGGACUAAAAAAUGUGGUCAUUAGCAGACUUUUGACAACUGCAUCUAAUAUUUUUCAUAAUCCUGUUGAGAAGAAUAAGCAGAUGAUAAGAAUUCUCCAGGAGAGCUAUCUAGCCGUAGGUGGUUCUGAGGCCAACAUGAAAGUCUGGCUACUAAAACUGUUAAGCCAAAACCCAUUUAUUUUGUUAAAUUCUCCCGCAGCUAUAAAGGAAACACUAGAGUUUCUCCAGGAGCAGGGUUUCAAAAACUUUGAAAUUCUCCUGCUUCUGUCUAAACUCAAAGGAUUUCUUUUUCAACUUUGCCCGAGAAGUAUACAGAAUAGCAUUUCCUUCUCUAAAAAUGCUUUUAAAUGCACAGAGCAUGACCUGAAGGAAUUAAUUUUGAAAUGUCCUGCCCUUUUGUAUUAUUCUGUUCCAGUUUUAGAAGAGAGAAUGCAAGGAUUAUUGAAAGAAGGAAUUUCCAUAGCUCAGAUAAAAGAGACGCCAAUGGUUCUUGAAUUAACACCACAAAUAGUACAGUACAGGAUAAGGAAACUCAAUUCCUUAGGCUACAGAAUAAAGGAUGGACAUCUGGCAAAUCUAAAUGGAUCAAAAAAAGAGUUUGAAGCUAGUUUUGGCAAAAUUCAGGCCAAAAAAGUAAGACCAUUAUUUAACCCUGUAGCGCCAUUAAACGUCGAAGAAUGA